UGUCUCCGCCUCCACCGCGCCUCCUCUGCGCUAGAAGCCUGCCAGCCCCAACUCCACGCAUCGCCCGCCGCGCCCAUCGCCGCGCAUCGCCCCCGUCCCCGUCGCCCACCCGCCGGCCCCGUCGCCCCCGUCGCCGCGCCCGUCCGUUAUCGCCCGCGCCGCCCGUCCACGGUCGACCACUUGCAGGCGCCCGCGCCGCCCAUGCGCUCGCAGCACCGCUGCACCACCGCGACACGACCCGCGACCGCCCCCACGGACGCGCCCCCCGCCCCGGCCGCCGCGCGCAGCCGGCGCUGACCGCUGACCGCCGCGAUGCAGAACCAGCAGAUGCAGAUGGCCAUGAACAACGGCGGCCCCGUCAACGGCACGCCCGUCAUGGCGCACCUGAGCAUGCCGGGCCCGCCGCAGCACCAGGCCAUGGACCCGCGCGAGCAGCUCAACACGUACAUCUACGACUACUUCCUGCGCAACAACCACAACCGCCUGGCCCGCGCCAUGGUCGAGUGCGACAUGAAGAUGAGCACCACCCCCGCCCAGAAGACCAGCCCGGGCAGCAAGCCCAACGGGCUCGACCCGGACGACGACACCCACGGCCUGCCCAACCCGCUGCUGCCCAAGAACCAGAUGGCCGACAACUCGUUCCUGCUGGACUGGUGGGUGCAGUUCUGGGACAUUUUCCAGGCGAGCAAGAUCCGCUCGGGGCAGCCGACCAAGGGCGCCCAGUACAUCCAGCACACCAGACACAUCACCCAGAUGCAGAACGAGCAGCGCAACCAGCGCAUGAUGAUGAGCAACCCCAUGAACGCCCAGUACCAGGCCGUCGGCUCCAUGAUGCGCGCCAACAUGCCCAACGGCGUCGCCCCCAACGACCUCAAGCGCGCCGCCCUGCAGAACAACCGCCCCAACGGCAACCCCAUGGCCAUGGGCCAGAUGGGCAAGCCCCAGAUGGCCGCCCAGAUGCAGCGCGACGGCUCGCAGAUGGACAUGAACGGCCAGCGCGCCCCGUCGCCCGCCAACGACAGCGCCCCGUCGCCCAACAAGCGCCCGCGCGUCGACGGCGGCCUCAACAUGCCCGGCGCGCCCUUCAACGACUUUGGCCAGCCCGCCAACAACGCGCAGCAGAAGAACAUGGAGGUAUACUCCCAAGGCCUGGCCCAAGUACACAGAGUAGCACUGAAUAACACUGCCUCCCCCCAGGCUAUGACCCAGGGCUCGCCCAUGAACCAGGGCAUGGACGGCGCCGACAUGAUGUUUGCCAACCAGCCGCGCCCCGGCAUGCCGCCGCAGCAGCCCGGCCAGCCGCAGCAGGGCAGCCACGCCCUGCAGGACUACCAGAUGCAGCUGAUGCUGCUCGAGCAGCAGAACAAGAAGCGCCUGCUGAUGGCCCGCCAGGAGCAGGACAACAUCUCCCAGCCCCACCCCCAGCCCGGCGGCUUCCCGCCCGUCAUGUCGCCGUCGGGCUCGCGCCAGGGCCCGUCGCCGAACCCCGCCGACAUGAAGGGCCGCACCCCCAAGCUGGGCCAGCAGGGGCUGCCCGGCUCGCCCAUGCCCGAGGGCGCCAUGCAGCAGCGCGCCUCGCCCGCCCCCAACAUGAACUUCCCGGACCCCAACCUGGCCCCGCCGGGCAUGCCGCCGCAGUUCUACCCGCAGAUGCCCAACAACCCCAUGAUGCGCCCGCCGAGCUCGCACCCGGCCGCCAACUUCAACGGCCAGCAGAUGACGCCCCAGCAGAUGGAGGCCAUGCGCGCCGGCCAGAUGAACGGCCAGAUGAACGGCCAGUGGCGCGGCCAGCCCGGGCCCGGCAUGCCCCAGCAGCCGCAGAUGAUGGGCGGGCCCAUGCAGGGCGGGCCGCAGCAGCGCGGCCAGAUGCCGCCGCCGCCCGCCCCCGCCAACGAGCAGCGCCCCGAGGCCUCGCCCGCCAUGUCCAACCAGGCCCCGCCCACCCCCAACCAGGGCAACAAGGCCGCCCCCAAGAAGAAGGGCGCCAAGGACAACAAGAAGCCCGCCCCCAAAAAGGGCCCAAACGCAGGAACCACGCCCGCCGCCUCGGCCGGCGAAGAGGCCCCGACCCCGACCCCCAACACCCCGAUCACGCCCAUGCACGCCAAGUCGUUCAACCCCAACGGCCAGCCCCAGCCGCAGCCGCCGCAGCCGCCGCCCGCCGCGCCCAUGGCCAACGACGCGCCCUUUGGCGACCUCACCGAGAACAGCUUCGACAUUGGGCUCAACUUUGGCGACGGCGACACGGCCCUCGAGAACUUUGACUUUGACUCGUUUCUGCACACGGGCGAGGACUCGAGCGGGUUUGGCAGUCUUGUCGGCUUUGACGACUUUACGAAUGGCGUUGAGGCGGGUGACGGCAUAUAGCCGUCGUAGCGUCGUUGCGUCGUAGGCGUUGCUGGCGUUGCUGGCGUUGCUGGUGUUGAGCCUGCGUCGCGCCGCAUCGAGCCCGUCUGGUCCGCGAGUCGGAGGACUUGUCCCGCCCCAAACAAAAUCUUCUAUAUACCCAUACCCAUCUCUCUUUCCCGGCCCCCGGGCGCUGUCGCUGUCCCGCAUCUCACGGCCUCUCCGCUCCGCUGCCCGCCCGCUCUCCUCGCACCGCACUGCACCGCACCGCAUCAUACUGCGCUGUCCGUGCUUUCUGUCGUGCUUGACCGCUUGCUUGUCUGUAGUUUGCUUUGCUUGUUUGUAGGCCUCGCGCGGCGUCGCGGGGCUGGCGUUUUCUCGGCCUUGGAUUGGAGGGUUGUUGUUGCUUUCGUUGUUGGAUGUUGUUGUUGUUGGAUGCUAUUGUUGGAUGCUACUUAUUGGUUUGGUUAUUGGCUGUCGGACGGUGUUCGA